AUGGCGGAGAUACCACCACCGAUGGGUCAGAUCAACGGCGGACAACUCAUGUUGGGUUCAUCCGAGACCGUGGGAUCGAAGCGACAGCGAAGGCCCAGCGUCCGAUUGGGCGACAUCGGAGGAGACCAGCCGUACGAUUCGCACGUGCGACGCACCACCAAGCAAUGGAAGCUCCCACUUGAUCACCGGAAAGACUCCAAUAAGUCCUCGAAGACUCGACCUUUAACGAAUUUGAGCGCUGGUGCCGACUUCCAAGAAACCCUAGACGGCGAAGAUAGAGAGGGAAAUCUCGAUAGUGUUGCCAUUGGUAGCUGGAAGGUCAAGGACACCAAGAAAAGAGCUUCGAACACGAAAAGGGUCAGAUCCAAUUGGGUCUCUUCCAAGAUUGACGAAGGUGGUGAUGCUGCUGCUGCUGAAGGGGAUGAUAAAUUUAGCGGAGGUGAGGAUGUUGAAGAUGGGUAUCGGGAUUUUGAUGUCGAAAACUCGGAGUCUCCUUUGAAAGACCAGAGCCCACUUCAUUCUUCCGACAAUUUGGGUGUGGAUGGGCAUUUGAAUGAAAGGGAUGUGCUUUACCAUGGAAGUAGGAGACCCAUUAGGACUAGGGUUUCGGAGGGGAGGGACCACCAUGAUGGUGUUGAGCUAUCUGGGCCGUCGGAUAAUGAUGCAAGGGAUUGGAAUUGUAGAGGGACUAGUGGGGAUAGAAAUGGGAAUGAAGGCAGAGGGAGGUGUGGGGAAGAUGGUGUUAGGGUUUGGCUCAAUGGGCUAGGAUUAGGUCGUUAUGCCCCGAUGUUUGAAAUUCAUGAGGUGGAUGAUGAGGUAUUGCCCAUGUUAACUUUGGAGGACCUCAAAGAUAUGGGCAUAAAUGCAGUUGGUACCAGAAGGAAAAUGUAUUGUGCAAUUCAGAAGCUUGGAAAGGGGUUUUCUUGA